UCCUUCUCCUCCUUCUCUGCUACCUAAACUAACUUGUUUCUCUCUUUCAGUUCUGAUGCACCAUUUUUCAAAGCUGCUUGUUUAGUUUUUUUUAGCAUUUGUUUUUAUUCAGAUUUCCAAUAUCUUGCAAUACUUUUACAUGUAUUUACAAGGAACUUUUAUAAAUAGGAUUACAUGAAUUAAGAUUUUAUACUUCCUGUCUGCUUCCCUCACUCAGACAGGAAAUAUAAAAUUUGCUUCAGCAUUGGUGUCUUAGCUAAAAAAGGAAAAGGUUAGCCAGUUCCUGUGUUGAAGCCACAAGCGACUUCGACUGAGAUUUGGACAAUGCAAUAUGAGAGACUGUGAAGACCACGGUGAAUGAGAAAAAUGAGAGCUUCAUCGCAGUGUUUACUGCUCGUGUGUAUUUUUGUACCUGCAACUCUCUCAGAAGAUGACAGGUCAGACAAUACGUGUCAAAAAUGUAUUCCCCACAACUACUGUAACUGCUCUUCAAUGAAGUUAAAGAAUAUUCCACUUGUGUCUGAAAAGGUGCUUACAUUUGAUCUGUCUUUCAAUAACAUUUCACAGAUCAAUGACACAGAUUUCAUCAUAUAUACAGAACUUGAAAGACUUCUGUUGCAAUCAAAUCAAAUCCAAUCUAUCACUGAUCAUGCUUUCCAGCUCAACACAGAAGUGGAGUAUCUUGACUUGUCUGAUAAUCUUUUAACAAAAGUGACAUUGAAUUGGUUUAAGCAGUUUUACAAAUUGCAUUAUCUUAACCUUUCAGGGAAUAGGUACACGACUCUGGGAUCAGAAAGAGUCUUCUCAAAUCUCUCAAGACUCCAAUGGUUAGAAUUUGGCAAUCCUUUCCUAUCCCAUCUAACAAAAGACGACUUUGUGGGUAUUACACAUCUGGAUGAGUUUGUUUUAACAGCAAAUAAUUUGGCUUCAUAUCAACAAGGAACUUUCAGUUAUUUCAGAAACAUAAGCCAUGCUGUUUUAAGUUUACAUAACAUAUUUCUGAAUAAGACAGGCCAAGCUCAGCAGAUUCUUGUAGAUUUGUCAGGAUGCACCACCCACUUAGAGCUGAGAGACUUAACAUUUCCUGAUAAUGGUGACAGUCGGCUGUUUUCUGUUCCAAGAAGUUCUUCAUUCAGGAAAUUCACUUUCAAAAACACUUUUCUUACUGAUGAAACUGUAUUUAACUUUAUAAAAUGGAUAAAAAACACAAAAGUAUCAGAAAUAGUUGCGAAGGACUGUGUGCUUUCAGGAACUGGGAAAUGGUCCAAGAUAGACGAUGUAAAAAACAACUUAUUUCAUUCAUUAACGUUGAAUAAUAUAUCCAUUAAACACUUUUAUCAGUUUUAUGAUCUUUCAGGUAUUAGUCCAGUAUUGCAAUCCAUUAAAAGAGCUACAUUGACAAAACUAAAUAUGUUUAUGGUGCCUUGUCGUAUAUCCAGAAAUUUUAAAAAUGCAGAGUAUCUUGAUUUAACACACAAUUUACUGAAUGACAAAAUAAUACAAGAACUGGCUUGUUCUGGAGCUUGUCCGAUGCUACGUUACCUUAUUCUGAGAAAGAACAUAUUAAGAUCCCUCAGUUCAACAAGUACAAAACUAUCAACACUUUCUACCCUUACCCAUUUGGAUUUGAGCCAAAACAGCUUCAGUGAAAACAGUGCAACAUGUAAGUGGCCAAAAAAUCUGCAAUUUUUGAAUCUUUCAAGUUGUAAUAUACAAAGCAUAUCACAGUGUCUCCCCCAAAAUGUUGAGAUAUUGGAUUUAAGUAACAAUGACAUCAGCAAUUUUGUAGUUAGUCUGCCUUCUCUCAAGACUCUAGAUCUGUCCAAUAAUAAAUUUAAAAGUUUACCAGCCAAUAGCAAUUUACCAAAGAUGAAGCUUCUGAAGAUCAGUAGCAAUAAACUCACCUCACUGACAAGCAAAGCACUCAUGGCAUUUAUUAAGCUAGAAUCUUUGGAGGCUGGAAAAAAUAAUUACAUUUGUUCAUGUGAAUUCCUUCUUUUUAUGAAUCAUUACAAAAGAGUACAAUUGUUGGACGAACCGCAAAAUUAUGUAUGUGAUUCCCCUCUAACUCACAGGGGACAGUUGGUGCAAAAUACUAAACGUUCCUUCUUUGAUUGUCAUAUGACAUGGUCCAUAAUCAUAGUAUGCCUGAGUGUGUCUUUGGCGGCAACAAUGACUGGGAUGGCAUGCUACAAGUAUCAUGGAAUCUGGUACCUCCAAAUGACCUGGGCAUGGCUACGAGCAAAGAGGAAACCAAAAAAAGUGAUGAGCAAUGAUAUUUGUUAUGAUGCGUUUGUUUCCUACAGUGACAUGGACUCGGACUGGGUGGAAAACUCCCUGGUGAGAGAGUUAGAAAGUGUUAACCCACCACUGGCACUCUGCCUUCAUAAACGUGAUUUCAUGCCAGGGAAGUGGAUCAUUGACAACAUCAUUGAAUCCAUUGAGAAAAGCAGAAAAACAUUGUUUGUUUUAUCUCAACAUUUUGUCCAGAGUGAGUGGUGCAAGUAUGAGCUUGACUAUACUCACUUCCGUCUAUUCGAUGAAAACAAUGAUUCUGCCAUACUUGUUUUGCUGGAGAAAAUCCCAAAGGAGACCAUUCCUCAGAGAUUCUGCAAGCUUCGGAAACUGAUGAAUACAAAGACUUAUUUAGAAUGGUCUCAGGAUGAAGAAGAACAGCAAAUUUUCUGGUUUAACUUAAAAGUUGCAUUAAAAGGAGAUGAUAAUGUAAAUGAAUCUAUAAUAGAGUAAACAGCCUGCCCUGAGGGCCACCUUGAGAAUCCCAGUUGCCUGCAUUGGCUUUAACCCUCGAAACCCUUCCUUUCCAUGUACAUGUCCAAAUUUCCCUUACGUGUUAAAAUCAUACCCACCUCAAACAUAUCCUCUCGCAGUUCAUUCCAUGUGAAGGAGUUAGCUCUCAGAGCUCUUUUAAAUCUCUCCCUCUGAUCUUGUAUCUGUACCCUCUACCUUUGGGCUCCCCAACCCUGGGGUAAAGACUAUGGCUAUCAACCUUAUUAUCAUUCCUCGUAAUUUAACAAAAUUUUACAAAGUCACCUCUCAGUCUUCUGCACUACCAGAAAUAAAGAUAUAAAAUGGCCAUGCUCUCUUUUGCAGGCAUGCCCUCCGCUUGACAAUGUCUUUCCUGUUGGGACAGCACAGUGAUGUAGCUGUUAGUAUAGCAUUAUUAUAUUGCAAGACAUUCAGGUUCAAUCCUCCCACUGUCUGUAAUGAGUUUGUGUAUUCCUUUCAUGACCAUGUGUGUUUCCUCCAGAUGUUCCGGUUUCCUCCUAUUCUCCAAAGACGUGAGCUAGUAGGUUAGUUGGUCACCUUAGUGGGUGGCAUGGGCUCAUUAGGCCAGAAGAGUCUGUUACCAAGCUGUAUCUCUAAAAUAUACAAACAAACAAAUAAAACUGACAAAACAGUACACAAUACACACAGAACACAAGAGAUUCUGAGAGCAGUUGGGUUGGGCAAGGGGAGAUGAAAUAAAAAGCUGGUCGUAAGAUAUAAGAACAGAAUUUGGCCCAUCGAGUCUGCCAUUUCAUUGUGGCUGAUCCAUUUCCCUCUCAGCCCCAAUCUCUGGCCUUCUCCCUGUAACCCUUCGUGCCCUGAAUAAUAGGACAUGUGUAGAGAAAGAUUCCUACAGAAAGUGGACAGGAGCAGAGGGGGGAAAGAUGUGGCUAGUGGUAGGAUGUCAUUGUAGAUGAGAGAAGUUGUCAAGAAUGGUGUUCUGGAUACAGAUGCUGAUAGGGUGUUAGGUAGGGACAAGGGGAACCUUGUCCAUUGUGAUGACAGGAGGAUAGGUUGUGUGGGAAAUGGAGGAGGUGAGGGCAGCAAUGAUGGUGGUAGAUUGGAAACUCCAGUUCUUGAAACAAAGAUGAUAUUUUAGAUACUUUAGAAUGGAAAGGCUCAUCCUGAGAACAGAUGUGGCAGAGAAAAAGGAAAUGAAAGAAGGGAAUAUCAUUUUUCCAAGUGACAGGAUGGGAAGAGGUGUGGUCAAGAAAAAUGUGAGAGUCAUUAGGUUUGUAAAAGAUGUCAGCAGAUAGUCUGCCUUCAGAGAUGGAGAUAGAGAAAUCAAGAAAGAAGAGAGAAGUAUCAGACAUGAACCAAUUAAAUUUGAGGGCAGGGUGGAAAGGUUUGUCGAGAGUCUAAAGAAUGCACUUCAAGCAAUGUCUGUAGAAUAUAAUGACACUGAAUUUCCUCUGCAUAUCGCAAUGCAGCACACCUCACAUCCAACAGCUUAUCUACUAUACUGUUCCUGGGUCAUCCCUUGCGCUCACCCUUGGAUCUCCUCAAAUCCAAUCUCAGAAGGACAAGCAGUUGAGUCCAAUUGAGGGCUCCUCCAACAAGGAGAUUUGAAGUUUCACUCCUGGACAAGCAGUUCUAGUGAGGGACUACAGAGAUGAUCACAAGUGGGUAUUUGGAAAGAUUAAAUACAGAACUGGAGCGCUGUCCUACACAGUGGAGCUUGUGCCUGAUGUCAUCAGCAGAUGACAACGCAAGCAGUCAAGGACAGCAGGGUCAAUUGUUAGAGAAGAGUGGUAAUCAGAGCUGUCAGAACCACAUCCUGCAGUCCCAGAGUCAACCUUACAACCACCAUGGAGGAAGCCCCAGAACCUGUGAUUGUUUUAUUGCCAUAAGUCCCACCUGCAAAGCAGAGUGAUCCCCUUGUCAGGAAAGACUUUAUCCCAAAAGAGUAAAAUUUUACACAGUGAUUAAAUUUUUAGGCCUGAAUGUAACAAUUUAAAAUUUACUAUGCUGUGGAUGUUUUUAUCGUAGUUCUAUUAUUUAGUAUUGUGUAUACACACACACAUAUUUUAUAUAUAUGUGUAUACAUAGAACAAUACAGGCCCUUCGUCCCACAAUGUUGUGCCAACCCUUAAACCCUGCCUCCCAUAUAACCCCCCACCUUAAAUUCCUCCAUAUACCUGUCUUGUAGUCUCUUAAAUUUCACUAGUGUGUCUGCCUCCACCACUGACCCAGGCAGUGCAUUCAACACACCAACCACUCUCUGAGUAAAAAACUUUCCUCUAAUAUCCCUCUUGAACUCCUCACCCCUUACCUUAAAGCCAUGUCCUCUCGUAUUGAGCAGUGGUGCCCUGGGGAAAAGGCGCUGGCUAUCCACUCUAUCUAUUCCUCUUAAUAUCUUGUACACCUCUAUCAUGUCUCCUCUCAUCCUCCUUCUCUCCAAAGAGUAAAGCCCUAGCUCCCUUAAUCUCUGAUCAUAAUGCAUGCUCUCUAAACCAGGCAGCAUCCUGGUAAAUCUCCUCUGUACCCUUUCCAAUGCUUCCACAUCCUUCCUAUAGUGAGGCGACCAGAAUCUCUUAAGAAUCUUUUCCAAUGGCUUUCCACCACAGACGUAAAGCUCACUGGUCUAUAAUUACCCGGACCAUCCCUACUACCUUUUUGAACAAGGGGACAACAUUUGCCUCCCUCCAAUCCUCUGGUACCAUUCCCGUGGACAACGAGGACAUAAAGAUCCUAGCCAGAGGCUCAGCAAUCUGUUCCCUUGCCUCGUGGAGCAGCCUGGGGAAUAUUCUGUCAGGCCCCGGGGACUUACCUGUCCUAAUGUAUUUUAAUAACUCCAGCACCUCUUCUCCCUUAAUAUCAACAUGCUCCAGAACAUCAACCUCACUCAUAUUGUCCUCACUGUCAUCAAGUUCCCUCUCAUUGGUGAAUACUGAAGAGAUGUAUUCAUUGAGGACCUCGCUCACUUCCACAGCCUCCAGGCACAUCUUCCCACCUUUAUCUCUAAUCGGUCCGAUCUUCACUCCUGUCAUCCUUUUGUUCUUCACAUAAUUGAAGAAUGCCUUGGGGUUUUCUUUUACUCUAUUCGUCAAGGCCUUCUUAUGCCCCCUUCUUGCUCUCCUCAGCCCCUUCAUAAGCUCCUUUCUUGCUACCCUACAAGCAUAUGCAUAUGUUGAGAUGCAUUUCAUAUUGAGUUGGAGUUUAUAGCUACAGAGUGUUGAGUGAGGAAUUUUGUGUAUUUAGUAUUUCAGUAAUAUUUGAGCAGUAUUGUAAAUAUAUGGCUUGAUUAAGCAUUCUUUGUGGUUUACAUAAUUCAUUAUGAAUUAUAUGUAAAAGUACAUCAAUGGCCUCCACCAUCAUGUCAUAUGCACAUACUUCACUAAAAAAGACAAAACAAAGUAAACACGUUUUCCCUGACUCGUGUGUUUUGCUUUUGAUUAGUAUUGGAGUGUGACGGGGGUCCUGAAUUACCCCUAUGAACUAUGCUCGAUUACCCCUAUGAACUAUGCUCAAUUACCCCUAUGCUUUUGAAAAGAGAGAGAGAGCUAUUUAACACCGACAUCUUGUUUUUAAGAGACAGAGGGAGAGAGAGAGAGAGAGAGACGAAGACUGCUCACAGUUUGUUUAUAUUUUCCCAAGGACAUUGCCUGCUUGUACAUUCUUACACAGAGAGAGAAGGGAGGAGCUGAUUUGAGAGAUAGUUGGUACUCAGUAUGGGGAGAUUAAUAGAAGGUCAGUGACAGACCACAGACAUAUGAUUUUGGACACUGAAUGAGCUUUCCUGUGCCCACAGAAAAAGUGGGUUUUGGAGGAUCCAUCAGUGGCUCUUGCAGUGUGAACAGGGUGUGACCAGUGGGGAGUUAUUUGUGUGUCUAACCCUCGCCUGGGUUGAUAGUUCCACCACAGAAGAACGGUCCCCUUUGUUGUGGUCACAGUUGGUGACUUUUAAAGGAUUUCGGAGGACAACAGGAAGAUCGACAGUGUCAGCUCACCUGAAGACUCAAAUCUCUCUCUCUCUCCAUCACUACUCAACUCAAUACCACGAACUGAACUGAACUUUAUUCAUUAUUGUAAGACUAUCUAUUUACCCCUAGACUUGAAGAAGCUUGGUUUUCAUAUAUUUCCACACUUACUGAUAUACUUACUUAUAUAUAAUCAUUGCUAACCUGUUUGAUUUAUCUGCGUUUAUAUUACUGUAUUGUGUAGUUACUAAUAAAUAUCAU